UUUAAAGCAGUCUGAACGAGCUGCAGGGCGAGCACACACACAUAUACGCGACACGCACACACACACGGGGACAUUCUCGGUCUAGCUUCAUUCAAAUGAGGUGAUUUAGUUGCUUUGGUUAACUCGGGGUAGAGCGGGACCGAUGUUCCACAGGCAGGACAAAUCCACUUGGUUAACAGGUGGGACUUCAUUAUUUUGCAGAUUUCAGUCUCGUUUACGCCUUCUGUCAUCCCAUAAUUAGUUGUUAAUUUAUGUCAUCAACUAGAUACAUUUGACCAACUCUUUUUUUUUAAGGACACUUGAGGAGCUUUCGGUCUUAUUUUCUUUAGACCUAAAGCCGGUGCUCGCAGGUUAAACGGGCGACACGCUGUUUGGUUUUCAAUUGGCCAGUUUUCCUGCUCGACUUAGCCUGUGGAGGUGGUUGGUAGGUAGGCUGGUACUAAGUGUGUGUGUAUGUGUGUGUGUGUGUGUGUGCAAGAGGACAGUGUGUGCAGCUGAAAGCCGGUUACCUAAAAGGGCUGUGCCAGGCCAGGCCAAAGUGGGUUAAUAAAAAUAACCAGCGUAGGAGCAGCGACAAUCCAGGAGUGCAGGCAGAGGAGUUAGAAAGAAACGGAGAGAACGGAGCGACGUAGAGUAGAAGAAUCUGUCGCUGCUGGUUUACCUGACUUUAAUUCUGUCUGUGGGUAACAAUUGAAUUAGUGAUUGUACUUUAAUUACUGUUAUUCUUUCUAGUUGUAAUUAUCAUCAGUAUUUCCUUCUGUUUCUUUUCAUUUUUUUGUAGAUAACGUAAAUAACUACAUAAAUCCCCCGCUGGCAUCGUUGUACAAAUGAACAAUUGCAUAACUGUCUGCGUGUUGUUUUUUUAAAAAUUUGAGCAGAAACAUUUGUGUUGCUGCUGUGAUUGUGAGUGAAAAACAAUUGUGGCUGUGCAUAGGUUAUUAUCUAGUAUAUAUAAAAUAUAGAAACACGUUUAAAACAUAUGUGACAUAUGUAUAUUUGCAUCUUUCCGCUAUAUUUUAAUGUAUUUUUUAUGUGUAAAAAAAUUCCUCUUUUUUACUGACGUUUCUUUCCCUGAUGCGUUUCUUUCCGCUCGUUGGUCUUCUUUCUGUAGUUUCUUUCAGCGUCUCUCAUGUGUUUUUGUCGUUUGUCUCUUCUUUCUUGCAUCUCUCUGGGUCUAAAUUUUUUUUUCUUGUUUAAGACAAUGUUUGCAAAAAAAGAGUGUCCUUAUCUCUCAACUAGAAUUUUAUCUUUUCACAUAAUUCAUUCAAACAUCAUAAUACGUUUUGUCGCUUUGCAUUUAUUUUUUUCAAAAUCAUCCCCAAUCGUCUUUGAAUGUAAAUCCUCUUUGGUUAUGAGGACGGCAAGAUGGAGUUCCCAGACCACAGCAGACAUUUACUCCAGUGUCUGAGCGAGCAGCGGCACCAGGGCUUCCUGUGUGACACCACGGUGCUGGUGGGCGAUGACCAGUUCCGGGCCCACCGGGCCGUGUUGGCCUCCUGCAGCAUGUACUUUCACCUCUUCUUCAAGGACCAGCUGGACAAGAGGGACGUGGUGCACCUCAACAAUGACAUUGUCACAGCCCCGGCCUUUUCCCUGCUCCUGGAGUUCAUGUACGAGGGCAAGCUGCAGUUCCAGGACCUUCCCGUAGAGGACGUGCUGGCAGCGGCCAGCUACUUGCACAUGUAUGACAUUGUCAAGGUGUGUAAGAAACGCUUGAAGCAGAAGGCCACGACGGAGGCAGACAGCACGCGCAGAGAAGAGGACGGCGGGUCAAGCUGCUCCGAUAAGGCCGACAGCCUAUCAGACGGUUCCACCGGCCGGCCCGCCACCGCAGACCUGCUGCACAGUGAUGAAGACGACGAGGGGAAGGCCGAGAGAGGACCGCUGUGGCUGAGGCUGCCGUCUGCAGACAGACCGGGGACACCAGCCGUCGCUAGAACCAGCCCAGGGCACGGCGAGCCGGAGAUGCCGGGCGAGGGAGGAAAGCUGCUCUCGCCGGCCGGCAGCCCCACCAGCUCCAGCGGAUCCCUCUCACAGAGGUCCCACCGCUCCGUGAGCUCUCGCGGAGCGCACAGGGGCAGGAGGGUGUCGAACGACGCGACCGACUGCGUCCUGGACCUGUCGGUCAAGCCGGUUGCCGGUAGCAACCACAGUAACCACCACCACCCCUAUUUCAGCGGCGCGCCGACGCCAGACCGCCUCCAAAGCCCAUUGGCUGUGAGGGUGAAGGUGGAGAGGGGUGUGGCUUCAGAUGAGGACGAGGAACACGGAGGCGGGGACUAUGACAUGGAGCAUAGUGGCAUCACCAAGGCGACGGUUCCCACCGUCAACGGGGGCCCGGCCCACCACAGGGUCGGGGGGCCUCUGUCGGCCCAGCGGCGGCUCGGCCUGGAGGCGCACCUGUCCGCCCUGCGAGAGGCGUCUCUGGCCUCGGAGCUGGAGCGGGAGGAGAAGCCGUCGGCCGCCGCGGACGACGAGGACAUACUGAGGGGAGGAAGCGAGCGCGCCCAGGCCGAGGUGGCCAGCAUGGAUAGUUCCCUCUUGCCCUACGUCUCCAGCAUGCUGUCAGCCCAACACACCCAGAUCUUCAUGUGCCCGCUGUGCAACAAGGUGUUCCCCUCGCCGCACAUCCUCCAGCUCCACCUCAGCUCCCACUUCAGGGAGCAGGAGGGCAUCCGCUCCAAGCCCGCCGGAGACGUCAACGUGCCCACCUGCACCAUCUGCAGCAAGACCUUCUCCUGCAUGUACACGCUGAAGCGCCACGAGCGGACACACUCCGGGGAGAAACCCUACACCUGCACCACCUGCGGCAAGAGCUUCCAGUACUCGCACAACCUCAGCCGCCACGCGGUGGUGCACACGCGGGAGAAGCCGCACGCGUGCAAGUGGUGCGAACGGCGCUUCACGCAGUCCGGGGACCUCUACCGACACAUCCGCAAGUUCCAUUGCGAACUGGUCAACUCGCUGUCGGUGAAGAGCGAACCGCUGGCGCUGCCCAAUGUCAGGGAUUGGGCGAUUGAGGACAGCUCCCAGGAACUGUGGAAGUAGAAGCAGACCGCUGCGCUUGACGAGGGGAAAGGGAGCGGAGAGUGAAAGGAGGGCAGUGAGGCAUGGAGAGGUGAAAGGGAGGUGGCAACGUUUGAUAUUCGGGGUUCAAGUGAGUCAUGUUCUUGUGUGUCGCAAAAUCUCAUUCAAUUGCACUUUAAUAGCACAUGAAAAUGUUACUACUGAGUUUUUUUUUGUUUUGUUGUUGUUGCUGUUUGGGGUAAUUUUGUUGUAUUCUAUUUUAUUCUGAACUCUUUAUUUUUAUUUGGCAUAAGUCCUGUUUGGUGGUUUUUAUCGCGUCGAAGGAAAUGGGUCCCAGUGCGAAUGUCUCGCCUUCUUGAAGAGUUUUUCACUCCCGUGUGUGUGUGUGUGUGUGUGUGUGUCUCAUCUCAGACACGACACUCCGACGCUGGCCAGCGUCUCGGUCCCAGUUCCACAGACGGCAAACGCCACCGCAGGAGUUCAGGUCGAACACACUGAAGUGAAAAAGCAUUUACAAUACACUAAACGGGUACUGUGAUCACCUCGCACACACACCGUUUGAAGAAGUGUGUUGUGUGUGUGAUACUGCACUACUCUGGCGAAAAAUUUCACCUGACGUGCGUGAGUGUGGAUGAGUGUGUUUUGUGUUUAUUCAUCUUAUUUUCUACUGGCAUCGAGGUGUCGUUGGCGAAGCGCUCCCUGCUUCGCUGGUUGAGCUCUUCGGUGUCGUGUGGUCAGGGUACAGCCGACCGACUGACGGACGGACCGAUGGCACUCAUGCAAUGCACAGCCUCCUUUUUCACUUUCAAUCAAUUUGAAGUAUUUUCUAAAAAUGAAAAAAAACUUUACAAAUUAUUAUAAUAAUUAUUAUUGUUAUUAAUAGGUUUUUUUUCCUAAAUCUAGCUGGCAGUCUUUAACACUCAUUCUCUUGUUGAAAAGGUAUUUAUUUUAAGGUUGUUGUAUAUUGUUCUGCAUAUACUUUUAGAACUUAAAUCCGUUUAAUUAUUAUUAUUUUUUUAAAUUAAUGACUAUUAUUUUUCUUUUUUUUAAAUUACUUUUUUUUGUUGUAAUGGGACCUGCUGUUGUUGCAUGAUGUCCAAACCUGUAUAUUUUAAAAUAAAAAUGUGAAUUUGCUGUAUUACUGUACACAUUGUAAUUGAUCAAAUAUUUGACAACAGGCUUUUUCCUUUUUUUUCUUUAUCUUCUUUUCAUUUCUUUGUGAAUACUACUCCAGGGUGCAGUCUGUUGAAAAACUGAAUAUUAUUCUCACGACGAUGGAAAAAAAAAAAUGCAUGAACAUUUGAUUUUGUCUUAAAACCUUUAAGUUGUGUUUUUUGCAUCGCGGGGGGGGAGAUGUUUGAACAUAACACUUUUGAGAGUGAAAAGUCUUUUCCUACUCGUAGGUGUGUCGCUGGGCUCCUCGAAGAAUGUUACCGAAUGUGUUUCCGUCGGACGUUGAAGCGAUACGAUGAAGCAUUUUAAGCCUGUGUGUGUGUGUGUGUCUGUGUGUAUAUGCACUGAUCUCUCUGCUGCGUGUGUUUGUGCGUGUGUUGUUGAGCGUGUGGCUCGGUUAUUACCAGUCAAUCUAACCUACUGAAGAUCUACGUCCACCCAGCACUUCCUCCUCAGGCGAUCAAUCUGUCCACUGCUGCGUGUUUUGCUUUCCACCUCUCAUGUCUCCGGCUCUCGACGUGGUAAAGCCAUUUCUUAAUUAUUUCUGCUCACUGGGCACUUACUUCAGGUCUGUUGAGUGCAGCGGCUCUGACUUUGCUAAAGUGUGAAGAGAAAACGGGGAGAGGAAGAAAAAAAAAGGAAAGCCGUCCUGCUGAAAGUUGAAAGGUCAGAUAUCUUCGUCACGAGCUGAGCGGGCCGUGCCGAUCAGUACAAUAACGCACAUUAGACGCCGUGGCGUGAAUGUGAUAAGACGUCUGUGUGUGCGUGUGUGUGUGUGUGUGUUUUCCUCUUGGAACAUAAUUCUUACUUUGAGAUCGAUGGGAAAGAAUUGGCAUGCCUGAAUGCACCUUUUUAAGCUAAAAAGACAUGAAAUCAGAUUUGUUGCUGAAAAGAUGCCUUUAUUAAAAACACAUUUCUGACGCUAUGGAAGUAUUUGAUACUGUAGAGCAUUCGGGAAAUAGUUGUUAAGCUCAUGCAUAAAUUCAUGGGAUUUAUUGAAUUUAUCUGAAAAAAUUAUGUCUUAUUAUAUUUUGAUCAUGUGAUUGGAACUCUCAUUUUUGUAUGUGAAUGUUGUGUUUGGAUUUGGGGGGGCGACGUCAGUUUAAUAUUUUUCUUUAAACCUCUGUAUCUCAAAUUUUUUCUUAUUAUUAGACUCAAAGUAAUGGUCAAGCGUUUAUACAAUCCAAAAAACAUUUGACACAGAGAUACUGAAAAGUGAACGCUCCACAUUUCCCCUCACUCGGUGUGUUUAUAUGUGUGUGUGCACGCCCCCAUUGAUGUGCAUGUGGUGGGUGGGGUGGUUGUAUGUGUUGCCCUGUCAUCUGGUGGCACCUACAGGCUUUGCCAAGGCAACAGUGUGGGUGCCAUCGCGGCAGUUAUGCACCGCAUCGUCUCAUUUUUUUUUCUCUUCUUGAAACGUUAUUUCUUCACGGGCAGCGUCUCUGCAUAUGGGCUCACUCCAUCCUGCUGUUGUUUUCAUCAUUACUGCUGGUUUUUGUUGUUGUUGUUCUGUUCCUCUGGUUGUACUUGACCGCCUUAAACUGCUGUAGUCCGGGCUGUUAUAUUUUUAUUUUUAAAGUGUGAGCGUGGGGUGGAUUUGUGGGAGCAAUGUCAACCGCUCAAGACGCUGUGAAGUAACCACCCCGACGAAACAUCUCCAUCUUUUGCUGUGCUUACUUGAAAACAAAAAGGGGGGGGGGGGGUCUUUUAUUUUCUUCUUUUUUUUAAAGCAAGGUAUAAAAAUAAAAUGUUCAAAUGUCAUAGACAGUUUAUUGAAAGACAGAUGGGGCAGACGGAGUCUGUUUUGAAAAAGGACAAUCACUGUCUGGGGAAAAAAAACAAGCAGAUUUUGAUUGAGAUAUAUUUGCUCCCACUUGAGAUGAAAACUAUUUGCUUUUAUUUUUUGUUCUUUUCUUUUCUCAGAUUUAGUCAUUUUUAGCUUUGACAAUCAUAGUUGGGUUGAUUUGUUUUCCUCACGGGGAGUAAAUUCUAAUUGUGUUUAGUUUUGUAAUUUUUUGGUGUGCUGUUGACAUUUUUAAAUUGUGUGCAAACUGCAAUAAAUUAUAAGAAUCUUGAAAUUCAA